UCUAUGUCUUGACGGAACCGCUUCUGCUGGACUAUGCAAACAAUGGCGUUCUCUAGAAUCGCGGCCCAGAAUCCAACACUUUUUUGGAUGAGAAACUCGAACCCACGAUCUGACUAUGUCGUACGAUGUGAUUCGGUUUCGUUCCGGGGUUCGAAUUCGAGAUUCGGUCGGAGUAAGCGCCUCUCUGUUCGAUUCGCUUCAGUUCCAGUGGCACCCGCCACCGAGGGAUUAAAUCCUGCGAUUUCUCUGACGGAUAAUGCACUUAAGCACCUGAACAAGAUGAGGUCGGAUCGAGGGGAAGACUUGUGCUUGAGAAUUGGUGUGAAACAAGGGGGGUGCUCAGGCAUGUCUUACACAAUGGACUUGGAGAAUAGGGCUAAUGCAAGACCAGAUGACUCGGUCAUAGAAUACCAAGGAUUCACAAUAGUGUGUGAUCCAAAGAGCUUGCUCUUCAUAUUCGGAAUGCAAUUGGACUACAGUGAUGCCCUGAUAGGAGGCGGUUUCUCUUUCAAGAACCCUAAUGCUACACAGACCUGUGGAUGUGGAAAAUCCUUUGCUGCUGAGAUGUGAAAAGCUUUUCUAUCAGUAAUGUAACAGAAAAAAAAAAUGUAUUACUUUCUUUUGAAACUUUGUAUAUUCAGUGGAAAAGAAAUUACAGAUUCAACAAAUGUCCAAAAUCCUUAUAGUUAAUUUUUUUUUUUUGGUAA